AUGAGUGGCUACUACCGCGGCGAUUAAAAUACAUUUAUUUUUCCGUCGGACUCGCCUUUGAGCACGAAAAGCUGCCCCCGUUAGUGUCUCGCCGAAAGACGAAAGAUAAUACAGAAUCAAACGCCUCUCAAACGGUGUUUUUUUCUUCGGUCGGUCGGUCGGGUUUCCCAGGGAAGAAAAACGAGAAGGAGGAAGCUAGUAACUUGGCUCUGCGAAUUUUGCAGAUUAAUAUCCAAAAUUUGAUCAAUUACUUCGAACGUAAAAGUGACGAAAUUAUUCAGUGUUACCCAUCGGUAUCAAUUAGAGUUAGAAAAUCGACUUUCUUUCGCGAAAUUGGACGAAGAAAAAGUGAUCAGAAUCUUGACGGAAAAGCAAAGUGUGAUAUAAGAGCGGAUCGAGGCGCAAAAGCUGAAAUAAACUGUGAUAUUUUAGGUUGUUACUUUUCUUCCCUCGAAUUGUGCGAAAUUUUUGUGGUGUAGAAUCUGAACAUCGAUAGAAUCCUUGAUAAAAAAAAAAGAAGUGUGUGCAAGUUAAUAUACAGCAAUGGGCCCAAAGGCGCAUGAUUUCCUGGUUACGUUGCGUCGUAACUCACCCCAAACUCCAUGGGGCAUUCGACUGGUCGGUGGAACGGAUCUCAACGCACCGCUGAUCAUCACACGGGUUCAAGUCAACAGCCCGGCUCAGAAGGAACUGCUUCGUGGCGACAUCAUAACCAAGAUUGACCAGUACGACGCCCGGGACCUCACUCACAACGAUGCACAGAACCUCUUCCGCGACGCGAGCAACCAAAUUAAGGUUACCAUUCGUCGUGACGAUACAGUAGCGCUCUAUCAGAGUGCCCACGAAAAGAACGACGUGGGAUCCGCUGGAUACAGCCCGGCGCUUAGUCCGAUUCCACCGGCUCACUCGGCCCAGCCAUAUAAACCAUAUGGACAACCGGCUCCAGCUCAGCCGUUCCAACAGCAGCCGCAGCAGCCAAAGGCGCAACCACAUUUGAACUUCCCUCCGCCGGAACCGAGCCAGCUGUUGCCAAGUGUCAAUUCAUCGCUUCCCCAUGGACCCCAAGCUUACGCCGCCGCUUUGGAACAUCCGGUCGAAACUCUGCCACAUACGGCCUUCCCGAAAUUGGACGCCAGUGGUGCUUACCAGCUGCCCAAAACUCCAUAUCCACCACCGAUGGUUCCAAACUUCGAUGAAGCCAACGAGGCGAUAACUAAUCAGCCAUACCGAACCACACCGCUAGUCCUACCCGGUGCCAAAGUACCGAAAAUGGACGCUCUACCGACAGAAUCCUACCUCAGACACCACCCAAAUCCAGCAAUGCGUGCUCCACCUGUUCACGACUACACAGACACACUGAUGAGACAGAAGGUCGCGGAAACAGUAAUCCACCGUGUUGUAGGAGAUGAGCCAGCCAACGGCCCAAAGAUUGUCCACAAGCAAUUCAACUCCCCGAUCGGAUUGUACUCUGAUAGCAACAUUGAGAACACCAUCAGACAAACCGCCCCCCAGACUCAGGCUGUGCCAUCAAACGGAUUCACAAGCCGCCAUAGGCCCACCAAAAUUGAAGGCUACAAGAAAACCGUCGUCUUUGAUCCGAGCAAGAGUGAAACCUAUCGUGCCCUGCAGGAGGGAGCUGGUGAGGGACUCCAGGAAGUGACCACGCCAAUCCAGCCACGUACCUUCCAGCCGAACCGCUUGGUACCAGGAAAGAAACCAAACGCGAAUCACCCAGCUCCCCAGCCAGAAUUCGCUCAACAUGUCAACUCGAUGGGCGAACCGAACGAGAAGAUCCAGCAGAGUGGAUCUUUCAGACGUUUGAUGCAUCACGUGCUGGCGGAAACGGACUACUAAGGUCCCCGAAGGGCCGCCGUCGCCACCUUAGGUUAGGCACGAUAAGGAGACAGAAGAAGAAUCACUGUUAUUUCAUUUCAAUGAAGCACACCUAUUUACCGGUGAAUCAUUAGAUGCCCCUUUGUCUGUUGCGUUAAUUCAAUCACACUUGACACUUAACAUGUUAUCUCAACAGUUUGGGGUUUGUGCUAAAUGAAUCUAAAGCCUUUGUUAAAAAUACUCGAUUUUUGAGAAUUCAUCCAUGCACGAAGCAACAUUGUUAGAAACUCGGUGUAAAUAAAUUGCUUUCAAAGUAGCGUUAUCCAUUGAAAUAAUUUAUUUUUGUCAGUUCACUAAACACAUUAAAAAUAUUUAUUAACGGUAGCUUCAUGCAGUUUUCGUUUUUUUCUGUUGAUUUCUUGUAAUACAUUAUUAAGCAAAGAUUUUAUCCCAAGAUGAUACGGGCUUCUUGAUGCGGGUGAAUAGAUUGCACAAUCAACGCAUUCAAGCAAGCUUCGCGAAAUAAACGGGAGAAAUACGCUCGAGUGAAUGUUCUAGUCAAAAACUUCGUUGAACUUUGGUGAGAAGGGAAAAAAAGAUAAGUCUCACGCUUUACAUAGUGACAUAGAUUUGGUAAAAAUAAAAUGGCAAAAAGUUAGCGAACACUAGUGUUACGAAAUAUUUAUACAUUAUUACUUAACUCUUAAUAUUCGAAUCAUUAAUCCGCACAUUGAAGAAGAAAAAUAUACGAGUAUAGGAAUUUAUCUAAAGCACACUGAGACGAGAAUGUGGCAUUAAGUUUAAUAUGAUAAUAAUCCAUAAGAGGGCUUUUGUGACGAGAAAAGGAUUACGAGUAUAACCAUCAAUAAAGAUUGGAAAUAUA